AUGCCCCCCGGAAGGCAAUCCCAUGGGCGGCAAGCCCACGGCCGACCUCUGCUCUCCAGCAAGCCGGCGGCAAAGACCUUCCGCAAGUCGAAGAACAAAGCCCAAGUCAAGGCCCUCGACGCCUUCACCACCGCUUCCGAGCUGUACGCGCCCAAGGAGAAGCGCACUCCACGCUUCCGCGAGAUCGAAGCCGCACCGGAGGCUAGGAAAAAGCGCCGCGCCGCCGACGACGAUGACGACGAAGAUGGAGAGGACGACGAAGACGAGGACGACGACCAGCCCAGGCGAAAGAAGGCCAAGCCAUCUGCUGGCGGCGCAGGCGGUGACUCCGACGAGUACCAGAGUGACAGCGACGGAAACGAGUGGCACUACGGCGUCAACGAAGACGAGGAUUCGGAGCUCGACAGUGACGAGGCCUUUGGCGAUAGCGAUCACGAGGAUUUCCAGGGUUACGCAUUCGGCGGUAGCAAGGGCAAGAAGAAGAAUCAGGACGAUUCAGAAGAGGAAGACGACGAAGGUGACGAUGAGUCCCUUGGCGAGGACGCGAUAGACCUGGCCCAAGCCCUCGACGAGUACGAGUCCGACGAGUCCAUGGCAGACCAGGACGGCCAAGACGACUCGGACGCCUCAGACUCCGAGGCCGAGAGCCCGCCCUCCUCAGACGAGGACGAAGACGACCAGGAAGCGGACCCCUCCAAACUCGGCGAUCUCCAAAAGUUCAUCGCCAAUUUUGGUGGUGACGACGAAGACCAGGAUGCCGCCCCCACAAAGCAAAAGCAAAAGAUCAGCUUCAAGGACCUCGGCCUGUCCGGCGUCAAGGACGCGCAGAUGCGGAAAUCCGUCAAGCUCAUGGCCAAAGAAGAAAAAGAAGCGUCCCGCCCCGGCGCGGGCAAGAAGCUCGAGGUGCCCCUGUACAAGCGCCAGCAAGACCGCCUCGCGCGCGCGGCGGCCUACGAGAAGACGAGCGAGACCAUCGGCCGGUGGCAGGAGACGGUGAAGCAGAACCGCCGCGCCGACCACCUCGUCUUUCCGCUCCCGCAGAACGCCGCCGACGAGGGGCUCGACAACCGCGAGUUGCAGGCCAUCACGGCCAAGAACUCGACGGGCAACGAGCUCGAGCAGACGAUUCUUAACAUCAUGCAGGCGUCCGGGCUGGCGAUGAACAAGCAGGGGGAGAACGCGCGCGCGAAGGCCGAGAGGGAGGAGGGCAUGUCAAAGGAGGAGCUGCAGGACAUGAUCCACCAGCGCCGGCGCGAGAGGGAGCUCGCCUCGCGCGAGACGAAGCGCGCGGCGCGCAUCAAGAAGAUCAAGUCCAAGGCGUACCACCGCGUCCACCGCAAGGAGAAGGAGCGCGAGGCGGCGAAGCUUAAGGAGGCCAUGGCCGAGAACGGCGACGUCGAGGUCGACUCCGAGGCCGAGCGGGAUGCCCAGGACCGCGCGCGGGUGCUGGAACGCGUCGGCGCGAGACACAGAGACUCCAAGUGGGCCAAGCUGGGGUCGUCCAACAAACGCGCCGUCUGGGACGACGAGUAUCGCGCGGGUCUGCACGACAUGGCGCGCCGCGAGGAGGAGCUGAGGCGGCGCAAGGAGGGCCGGACAGGUGAUUCUGAUGAGGAGGAAGAGGAAGAGGACAGCGACAGCGAGGACGGAUCCGAAGACGGGGAGGGCACCGGCCGCCGCAGCGGAAAGGAGAACAGGAGACUCCUGAAACAGCUCGAGAGCAUCGACGACGAAGAGGACGACGGCCCCAAGUCCGACCUGAUGAAGAUGAAGUUCAUGCAAAAGGCCGAGGCGCAGCAGAAGAAGGCAAACGACGAGCUCAUUGCGCAGAUCCGCCGGGACCUGGACUCGGGCGGCAGCGAUGACGAGGAGGAAGACGAGGUCACGGAGGUGGGGCGCAAGAAGUACGGCAGCGCCGCGCAGCCCGCCAUCUCGGCCCCAGCGCUGUCGAGGAAGCAAAAGAAGGCCGCCGCCGCUGCCGCCCGGGGUGACGACGUUGACGUGGACGACGGAGACGAUGCGCCCAACAACAGCGCCGUCAACACGGGCUACUCCCUCACAGCCGAGCCCUCGACGACGGGCUCAGCCUGGUCCUCGGGCCCGCGCAAGAAAUCCGCAAAGACGGGCGGCAAAUCCAGCGGCGCGCGCGUAGAGGACCUAGACAACUCCCUCGCCAUCACAGCCUCCUCCUCCUCCAAGCCCAAAUCAAAGUCAAAAGCAAACAAGACGACAACAUCAGCAGCAGCAGCAGCCGACACCUCCUCCGAAGACUCGGACUCGGACUCCCCAGAAUCCCACCUGCCCCUCGCCAUACGCGACAUCUCCCAGAUGGACAAAGCCUUCGCGGGCGACGACGUCGUCGUCGAUUUCGCGCGCGAAAAGGAAGCCAUCCAGACCGCAGACGACGACAAGAUUGUCGACAACACGCUACCUGGAUGGGGCGGCUGGGUCGGCGACGGCGUGAGCGCGCGCGAGAAGAAGCGCCAGCAGGGCCGGUUCGUUACAAAGGUCGAGGGCGUCAAGAAGGCGAACCGCAAGGAUGCCAAGUUGGAGAGGGUUAUCAUCAGCGAGAAGCGCGUUAAAAAGAACGACAAGUACCUCGCAACACAGCUCCCUCACCAGUUCGAGUCCAAGGAGCAGUACGAGCGCUCGAUCCGCCUGCCAAUGGGUCCGGAAUGGGUCACCAAGGAAUCUCACCAGGCGGCGGUCAAGCCGCGCGUGCUCAAGAAGCAGGGUAUCAUUGCCCCCAUGUCUAGACCGACAAUGUAA